AUUACAGAUAAUUGAUGGUUAAGGUACUGAAAUGACGAUAAUGCAUGGACAACAGAAAUAGAUAACCAUCGCUUAUAUAAACCGAAAUAACUGGAGUGAAGUGGAGUCCAAAAAUCCGGUUUCAUACGUGCACGUACAUAUUUAUAUAUAUUUAACAUUUCUUAAAGUUCCUGGCAGCUUGUAUUAUAUUUUACAAAUAUGGCGAAAAAUUUUGCAAACUUUAGCACCCUCGCGUUGCUGAUGUCGUUUGGAUUUGCACACAUUCACUGUGGUCCAGUUGGGGAUUCUGCUGGUGUAAACCAAGCUGCUUUCGACACCUUCAUUUCCAACUACAUUUCUCAGUAUCGUUCAAACAUGAACGACAGCCUUUUCCAAUCGCCUGAUUUAACCUUGACCCUCGAAUCUGAAUUAGGCACCGCUAAUAUUUCCACAGGAUUCACAGCACUACGAGAUUACAGAGUGUUCACGACAAGGGUAAGUUCUUCAAUAGAUUUAGUCAACAGGAUUGGAACGAUGGAAAUCGUGUAUGAAUUGCACCAAAUUGCUGUCACAGGUUAUUAUAACUUGGUUGGAGUCGCAUCCUCCGUAAUAAUUGUGAACGGAAAUGGUCCAUAUUCAAUCCAGUCGAACUCAUCGACAUGGAGUCACACUGCCAACAUUGCAAUAAACUCGACCGGAUACGCUACCUUGAACUGGAACACACCCCAACAUUUGUCGUACGAUCCGAUAAACGCCACAUUUGACGGAAUUGUGGGGGGCGACGUGAUUGGAGAAUUGAUUCAGGACUACUUACGCUUCGUGGGGGACAAUGUCUUUUCCAGGGUGCGGGUUUCCGCCGGGGAUGCAUUAUCCGUCCGAGUUGCCGACUAUAUUUCGAGCGUUUUGCAAACAAUUACUGUUGAUGAGAUUUUGAACGGUGGAUCUCCAUCUACGACCAUUGGGACGACAACGUGGUCCCCACCCAGCUCGUCGUCACCUACGAUGCGACCCGACCUGGUCGUCGAUGUGGGUGCUGAUUUGGCCGGAAGUGGAUGGAUAAUUCCGACCACGGCGGCAUGUGGAUAUGCGACCAUCAUUACCGGAUUUUUCUGUGAUGGAUCUCCCAUUAUUAUCCGGGACCCUUUUUCAGGGACCGGAUUUUGGAUGAGCCCCUGCGCAGGAAGAUGUACUUUCCACUACGAUAACGUCGUGAAUGGAAACACUUUCCAGAAAUUGGGUUUCCGAGCGUAUUACAGUGUCGAGGCAGCGACCGGAAGUAGAAUCUUGGUGGAUUUCGAGCAUUCAAGUGGAACCACGCACCUCGAGUUUAGGAAAAGUGGGGGAGAAUAUAGGGAAAUUGAUUUUACGCAGUAUGGAAUUCUAAGGAAUAUCAACGUUACAAUGGAAAAUGAUGGAUUCGACAACUUUGCCGUGUUGGAUAGAUUAUCAGUUUCCUUUCCUUGAAAUGAUCUCUAAUAAUUUUUGCAUGUCUAAUAAAAUUAUUUUAUUUUUGCUAAUAAAUUCACAUCCAUUUGUUGACGUGUUGGAAAAAAUGUA